AUGGUGUCCUUCUGGCCCUGGAAGGGUGAGGAUAACUCUCCGGCCUCUUUCGAAAAGACCCUCUCCGCUUUGUCCACCAAGAUCAGCCAGGCUACCACGCGACUGGACCAGCAGCGCCAGACUGCUCGCCGAUUUAAGGCUCUCUGGACCCUCUAUUCGACUCUUGCCUAUCUUUUCUACUCUAUAGUCUCUGCACUAGUGCUAGGAUGGGACAACUGGGGCCUUAAGGAAUACGCCGCUAUCGUUGGCGGGCCCGUGCUUAUCUACGGUGUUCGAACGAUUGCUGCACGUCUGUUUGACUAUCGCGUCGCUAGGAGCCAACGCCAGCUGGACGACCUUCACAAACAGCGCAACGAGACGAUCGAGAAGCUCAAGACCGCCACCAGGUACAACUCUACCCAGCAGUUACUGGAUAAGUACGGUGGAGAAACUCCUAAAGCUUCUUCUGGCCCCAAAAAUGUCUCUGGAGGCCUCCAGGAGAGCACUCCGUCCCAAAAACAGCAACAACCAGUGACCCGCACGGGGUUACCACCACCACCAACAGCGAACAUCCGCCGUCCUUCUGGUCAAGUUCCUGCGGGUCCCGGAAACCCUCCUUCACCUCCUCCAUUUGACAUUCCAGUUCAGCAACAAACGGUGCCCAACACUCCCCCCUCCGCUCAUACAGCCCCCCAUCCUCCAGCAGAUGAGCCUGGAUUUGCACCAAAUGCGUUUUCAAGUCCCGGUCAAUAUAUUGAACAACCGCAUUGGUAUGACCGGCUCCUGGAUGUGCUCUUGGGCGAAGAUGAGAUGCAGCCCCGCAACAGAAUGGCUAUGAUCUGUACCUCAUGUCGGUUGGUGAAUGGACAAGCUCCACCAGGGAUUAAAACCCCAGAAGAGCUGGGUCAAUGGCGGUGUGGUAGUUGUGGUGCCUGGAACGGUGCUGAGAGUGAGACCGCAAAGAUAUUGUCAAGCUUGAGACAGGCAACGGCACCGACGGAGGGAUCGUGGGAAUCGGUCUCGAGGGCCGAUGUAGACCCUGCGGCGGAGGAUGCCACAAGUGAGCAUAUGAUGCUUGCGACUAGUGGAGAAGCUGAACAAGACAUCUUGCAUGAUUCAGAUGAAUCCGAGAAUGCACGUUCAGACCAUUCAGGCCCGGAUGAGGCGAAGCCUGAACCAGUUCGCCGAUCAAAACGCGGCAAGAAGGAGUAA